UUCAAGCUCAAGAGGUCUCUCAUCGCGUAGUGCCGUCGCGGCGCAGUUUAUAGCAUGCAACCCCUUCGGUUUUAAGCGAUCUCCAAAGGAGCCGCGCAGCCAUGGGAGUCCAUUACCUCAACCAUGCAAUUUCCACCAUCAAUAAUUUAAUCUAUUUGCUCCAAAGCUGAAGAGAUAUCCCUAAGCUGUCGGACAGUACAGGGAAAAUAUAGCUUAAGUAAUUACACAGGGGGUUGUCCAAAACAUCCCAGAUGACACUGUCCUGUUGAAUGGUCUCCUUUACGACUGGGCAGUAAAAGUUCCACCAGGUUAGAAGAGUGAUGACCAUCCUGUUCCUUACUAUGGUUAUUUCGUACUUCAGUUGCAUGAGAGCUGCUCCCAUGAGAGACGCCCCAGGUAUAAGGGGCCACCGAACGGAAGGCUACUUGGGUGCUGCAGUGACUGCCGGCCAGGGCCACGGGACUCCACAGAGCGGGGGUGGGCCGGGCCAGCAUGGGGGACUGCCCUCGCUCACAGACACAUUUGAGCAGGUGAUUGAGGAGCUCUUGGAGGUGGAAGGAGAAGCAUCUCAGCUGGGGCCUGGAGCUGACAAGGGCCAGGGAGGAGGGGGUCCUUCCUCUGUGGUCACCACGGAGACCAAGGAUGUCGACCUGUAUGCAUCGCGGGUGAUGAUCAGCAACCAAGUGCCUUUAGAGCCACCGCUGCUUUUUCUCCUGGAGGAAUACAAAAACUACCUGGACGCCGCUAACAUGUCCAUGAGGGUACGGCGGCAUUCUGACCCGUCGCGGCGUGGCGAGCUGAGUGUGUGUGAUAGUAUUAGCCAGUGGGUGACAGCUGUGGACAAAAAGACAGCAAUAGACAUGUCUGGGCAGACCGUUACCGUCCUGGAAAAGGUCCCUGUCCCCAAUGGCCAACUGAAGCAAUACUUUUAUGAGACCAAAUGUAACCCUAUGGGGUACACAAAGGAGGGCUGCCGUGGAAUAGACAAGAGGCAUUAUAACUCCCAAUGCAGGACAACCCAGUCCUACGUGCGAGCGCUCACCAUGGAUAGCAAAAAGAAGAUUGGCUGGCGGUUUAUAAGGAUAGACACAUCAUGUGUAUGCACAUUGACCAUUAAAAGAGGAAGAUAGUGUAUAUAAUGUAUAGAUUUUAUUGAGAGUUUAAAAAAGAGAGUAAAGAGAAAAUAUCUAUUUGUAUAUAUACAUAACAGG